CAUGUCCCGGAGCAAAGAAGACAUGUACAUCUUCCGAUGAGUCUUUUCUUCGACCUUGAGAAAACUCUCACAUCUCGACAUCACCUAUCGCCGUAUUUUUCACCAUCCGCAUUCAUGGCUCGGUGAUUUGUUCAUCUACUUGUACCGUCGACAAUCGGCCAUUGGCCAUCAACAUCAAGCAUCAUGUCAGUCCGCAGCUCUACCUACCGUAUAGCCCGUGGGAUUCAGAGCUCUUGUAUUGCUCGCCCAAGCCUCUUCCUAUCCCCUCAACAUGUGCAACAAAAGUCCCACAUGGCUUCUGUAGCCCCUCCGGUCACACAGAAUUCGGUCGGUGCGAAAGGUCCUACAGCGAUGGUGUUUAUGAACAUGGGUGGACCAUCGACCACUGAUGAAGUGGGCGACUUUCUGAGCAGACUGUUUGCUGAUGGUGAUCUCAUCCCAUUAGGCAGGUUGCAAGGCUACCUGGGGCCAUUGAUCUCGAAGAGGCGGACACCCAAGAUUCAAAAACAAUACGCAGCUAUUGGAGGAGGGUCACCCAUUCGCAAGUGGUCGGAAUAUCAAUGCUCAGAAAUGUGCAAGAUUCUCGACAAGAUCUCGCCCGAGACGGCGCCCCACAAGCCCUACGUUGCCUUUCGGUAUGCCAACCCGUUGACUGAGCAUAUGUAUGCACAACUAUUGGAGGACGGAUUCGGAAAUGGCAAAGGUGGACGAGCAGUUGCAUUUACCCAGUACCCCCAGUACAGCUGUUCAACGACAGGAAGCUCAUUGAACGAGCUGUGGAAAUGGCGAAAUCGGCUGGAGGGACCUCGAGCGACGGGUGAAGCCACCUCGACAGGCUCUAUUACUUGGAGUGUUAUCGACCGGUGGCCGACACACCCUGGCUUGGUAGAGGCAUUUGCACAGAACAUUGAAAGCAAGCUGGCAGAGUAUCCGGAAGAGCGGAGAAAAGAUGUGGUCUUGAUCUUCUCCGCGCACAGCUUGCCCAUGAGUGUGGUCAACCGAGGCGAUCCCUAUCCAGCGGAAGUGGCAGCUACAGUAUAUGCAGUGAUGAAUCGGUUGAAGUUCUCCAAUCCAUAUCGACUCAGUUGGCAAUCUCAAGUGGGGCCGUCGGCGUGGCUUGGGGCACAGACGAGCGAUACGGUCAAGGAAUAUGUUGGCCGUGGUCAUACAGAUCUCAUCCUGGUCCCUAUUGCGUUCACCAGUGACCACAUUGAGACACUGUACGAGUUGGAUCAAGAAGUGAUGGAAGAAGAUGCACAUGGCAACCCAGGAGUGAAACGGGCAGAGAGUCUCAAUGGCAGCCCAGUCUUCAUCCGGGCAUUGGCAGACAUUGCACACCAACAUCUUCAAAGUGGCGAAAGUUGUUCGCGGCAGAUGGGAUUGAGAUGUCAAGGUUGCAAGAGUGAAAGGUGUUUGGAGCAGAAAAAGUUCUUUGCUGGUGAGCAAGCAAAUAUUCUUCCACUUGUACGAUAGUCUAGCAGGUUUACCUGAGAGGAAAAGCCAGCGGGUUCAGCUCUUUGGAUGGCAUUUAUUAAUGGAUGAAAUGAUGAAAUGGGUAGAGGUAGUCGAGCCAACUUCUACAUGGUGAGAAUCAAGUUUGCCAGGGAGAGGCCACAGAUGAAAGGAGUGCCGUUCGCUCAUCACUGUUUCCACAUCUCCCUCCGUUUCUCGCACUUGUUCUUUUUGACAGAAGGUGCAGGUCACACACAGAAUGGCGCAGCAGGUGUUACAAGGAGCCCGAGUCAACGUCAAGGUCUAGGCGAAUCGAUUGAAGUUAUCAAGUGUAUUUGCACACAAGUGGUUGCACUGUGCCAUUGUCUGUAGGGAUCAAUAGGAAUAACUUAAUUAAUGC